UGUUUUUGUUACACUAUUCUUAUUUCAGAGAUGUUAUAUCAUAUUUUAAAUUAUUCUCAGUUAUACCUACAAAAUACCAUAUAUUUACAUUGAUAAUUUUUACACUUCAAAAUUCUCGUAGUGGAGUGGACAUGUAAAUAUAUCUUUGUAGAAUUUUAAAUAUUGUUUAAAAAAAAUACUUUAUUUUAUACUUGGCUAAAAAAAAAUCCUUCCUGAUUUUAUCACAAUUAAUGGAUUAUAGGGUUAACCAACAUAUACCAGGAACAAAUCUGAGAUAAUAAUAGUACAUCUUAAUAAGACAUUAACAUUUUGUAUUAAUGUAAGUAAAAACAUAAAAUUAAUAGAAAGUAGAUGUAUUAAAUUAUUAAUUACUUUUCUUCCAGAUCUCUGUUGAAUGGUGCUCUAUAAUCUACCUAUCACAAUCAGAGUUCUCUAAUAGAUGAAGAGUUUCUCAUCCAAUCAGAACCACUACCGUAUCACCAUCGUAUGUCCAAGUUCAGGGAUGAGAAACCUUUUUGGAUAAGAAAGCCACACAAUAGGCCUUCACAAAAGACCCUUUUCUGCGGCUGCAUCUCAUCUCUGCCUUGAAUCAGUCGAACAUUCACAGCUUUUAAGAUGUGCAACCACAUUUCAAAGUAUAAAGCACACUGAUAAAAGCUUUUCUUUUCCUGCCGCCUCAGAAAGUUUACCAAAGACGCGAGGCGUCUCCACAGUGUGCUCAUUUUUUUCUUCCUAUAGAAGUCCUUUCAAACCCAGGGUUGCAAUGGGGAUUUUUGAAGGGGCUUUAAAAGGCUUUCAGCUUGGAGGCCGAUCAUUUCAUGAACCUCCCGGGAACAUCAGCAUCUAUUUCAGGAGCCGAAAGCUGGUUGAAAAUGUCGGAAACCAAGGAUUUAUUGCUGUUGCCCCACAGUACCUGAGCAAGCGACAGAGACAUCGACACUGUCAACGCUCAGAUCAAACUAUGAUCUUCAGCAAGGACACUGUCCAAUCCUUGAGAUCUAAAGGACGGACAAAAAAUGCAGAAACAAGUUCCUCUGUUCCAGAAAACUCUGGACAGCAGCUGUUUCAUAUAAGCUCUUUGACGACGAGGUUUGGCGAAACUUACAGUUACGUUGCAAACCACAUCAACUCUGCGUUUUCUCAAGUCUCUGCGAAGGUUCAAAAACAGGAGACUUUUGAAACAGAGUGGAAAAACAGAAAGAGAAAAUCACAGAACAUCAGUGAUCUGUCUCACGUGAAACUGAAUAAUGAAGGCACAGGAGAUCAACCCAAAAAUGUCUCCAGCAGCUGGGAAGAGGGAUACCUUCUAUUAGCAAGACACAUUAAUAAUUACUUCGGUGCCAAAGCUACAUAUGAAGUCCAGAAAAAGGGAAACAAGCAACUCCAGAGCUAUGAGAAACAAUUAUCGACUAAAUCCAACUUACAAACCGGCACCAACAAUUUACAACAAAAGCCUGUUGUCCCUGAACUUGACAGGCAAAUCCACAGCACUCCAAACCCAACCAACAGUUUACAGACCUGGAAUCAAAUCAGUGAGCGUCAGCUGAAAAACAAUUCAGAGGAAAGUUUUCAGGAAGUGGAUCCGAGAAGCAUGAAAACUUCUACCACAUUAAAGAAUCUGUCCUUUGUUGAAUACAUUCGCCACUCCACAACUUCCAUUCCAGAUCUGUUGGGAACUUUUCUUAAAACGGACAGUUCAGCUCAGACUAUUAAGCCAAAAACAGCUAUGACCUCACAAGAGUCAACAUGCAAGAAAACGCUUGCAGUGAGUCCCAGACAAGCACAGGAAACAACCCGGCAGCUGAUCAUGAGUCUGAGACUCGCUUCCUCUAUAGAAGCUCUCACUGCCUCUUUAGAGGCACUCAAUCAACACCUCAUCCUCUUCCCAUCAUGCAAAGGUUUUGUCUGGCAGGAGAAAGCUACAAUCACACUGUUGAGACACAGACGAAUCUACAAACAAGACGGGAGACUUCAGGCUGCUCUGAGAGAAACCUGUGCUCUCAUCGGUUUGGUGGAUCCAGUACAAAGUCGUGGCAUCAGAGUACUUUCCAUUGAUGGAGGUGGCACACGAGGAGUGAUUCCUCUGGAAGUCUUAAAGAUGCUGGAAGAUAAAACUGGUAAAAAGGUCCACCAGCUGUUUGACUACAUCUGUGGAGUGAGCACAGGAGCCAUUCUGGCCUUCAUGUUAGGUCUGGCCCGGUUUUCUCUGGAGGAAUGUGCCGACAUGUAUCGGGAAUUCAGCACUAAAGUCUUUCAGCAAAACCGACUGGUGGGCACAAUGAAGAUGGGCUGGAGUCACUCGUACUACAACUCUGAAACCUGGGAGAGAAUACUGAAAAAGCAGCUUGGCAACAGAGUCCUUAUUAAAACAUCCAGAGAUCAACAGAGUCCCAAGGUUUCCGCUGUCAGUGCAGUGGUCAAUUGGGGUGUCAGCCCAAAAGCUUUUGUGUUUCGUAAUUAUAACCAUAAACCGGGCUCUCUGAGUCGCUACGCCGGAAGCUCCAGCCACCAGAUGUGGGAGGCAGUUCGGGCAUCUUCAGCUGCUCCCGGAUACUUCCAGGAGUUCACCUUAGAAAGCAACAUUCACCAGGAUGGAGGAAUUAUCAUGAACAAUCCCUGUGCCUUGGCUGUGCAUGAGAGCCGUUUGUUAUGGCCAAAACAUCCUUUCGAGUGUGUGCUGUCCCUUGGCACUGGUCGCUAUGACAACACUAAGAGAAUGCCUGCCACUUCCACAAGCCUAAAAGCUAAAAUCACUAAUUUGAUCAGCAGUGCCACUGACACUGAAGGGGUCCACACUCUCCUGGACGACCUUUUGGCCCCGAAUGUCUACUUCCGCUUCAACCCCAUGUUGAGCGCAGAGGUGUCACUGGACGAGAACCGACCGGGGGCCCUGGAGAAGCUGCAAAGAGACACCCAGAACUACCUGGAGAGAAAUCAGCACAAAGCAGCCAAGCUCUGCCUGGUUCUCGGGCGUGAGCGCUCCUCAGCCGAUCGGGCUGUUUGCUGGGUGAAGGAGAAAUCUUGGGAAGUAAGACAUAGACUGAUGUAAGCCAACAAAUGCUGUACAUUCACACAGGGUGCAUAUUUUGCAGAACCUCCUUCAGGUAGUACAACAAAAACAGAAGAAAACUGCAAACAUAUUUCAUAAAUUACUUUUUUUUCAAGAAAGCUUAAUGGUACUUGAGACAUCCAAAUCACAGGAAACACCCCUGCUUGUUUAUCUGCUUAUUAGGUGGCCUCGACACAGUGGUAGAGUGGUCGACCUCUAAACUGAGGAUCACAGGUUCAAUUCCCCCAUUAUCUGCCCAUGUGUCAAAGUGUAUUUGGGCAAGACACUGAACCCUACAUUGCAUCUGGUGAUUAAGAGUCAGCACCAGAGUUCAGUAGCACAUCAGAGUGUGUUCAUGUGUACACGGAUGAAAGGUCCUAAAUGACUGUAAAGCGCUUUAGAGCUUAUAGGCUGUAAAUAUACACUUUUUACCAUUUUGAUGGGUCCUUUCAGAAUAAAAGAAGUUGACAUCAGCUGAAGCAUCUGCACACAACACUGAGAUGCCACGUAACACAAAUAUCCAGUGCUUGUUGAAUUUGAUGGUGUCUUUAAGCAAAAGAAAACACACACGCUGUGUGGUAAUAUGUGUUCUAUUGCACUUUAUCAGAAAAGUUUAUUUCCGGUUUGAUGUAUUUAUCUCUGAAUUCGACAUUUUUUUAUUUUUUCAUUGUUGAAUAAAUUAUGUUUACUAUUUC